AAAACAAAAAUUCCAUUCUCUCUCUCUUUGAUUAUCUCUCUCUCCAUCUCUUUAUAUAUAUAUAUAUAUUCACACACACAUAUUUAUUAUACUUUUUACUUUUUCCUCUCAUUAGUCAUGACCAAUUUUUCAAGGUAGUGGGCCGAGCGGAGCUCCAUUUAUGCAAUAGGGUUGGAUUUACCAUAAAAACCUAAUCGUGUUCGGUGCGGGUAAGGUUUAAGGCAACCCGGACCAUACCCACCCCAUUUCCAAAUUGGGCAGUUUAUCCAAAUAAAGCACACUAUUUAACACAGUUUCGAGACGAUAUCAGAUAAAGUUUUUCAUAUCUGUUACUUUGGCGGCAAAGCACUGUAGCACCAACAAGAGCGAAGAAAAGAAGAAAAAGUGUAACAGUAACAGAAGAGAGAGAGAUAGCAACCUGAAGAGAGAGAAAGUAAUUGCUUCAGACGGUAUGCUUGGACUGGGGUGGUCGUGUUGUAGCAACAUUUUCCCUGCAAGCUCUCAUCUUCUUAUGACGACUGAUGUCUCUAAGACAUUGAAGAGCCCCAAACUUCCUCAUUUGUGCCAGCGGCAGAAUAGAGAGUUGCAUGGGUCCCGAAGAAUGUCAAAAGUUUUUGCUUACUACGGCCUGAAAACCCCGCCUUAUAAACUUGAUGCUUUAGAACCAUACAUGAGUCAGCGUACGCUUGAAGUGCACUGGGGAGAGCAUCAUCGUGGUUAUGUGGAAGGUCUGAAUAAACAACUUGGAAAGAAUGACAUACUUUAUGGCUACACCUUGGAUGAACUUGUCAAGGUGACGUAUAACAAUGGGAAUCCAUCACCCGAAUUUAACAAUGCUGCCCAGGUUUGGAAUCAUGACUUCUUUUGGGAAUCCAUGCAACCAGGGGGUGGUAACAUGCCCAUUUUGGGUCUUCUUACGCAGAUUGAAAAGGAUUUUGGUUCUUUUACUAAUUUCAGAGAGAAGUUCAUUGAAGCAGCUCUCACAUUAUUCGGUUCUGGCUGGGUUUGGCUUGUAUUGAAGAGAAAUGAGAAACAACUUCAAGUGGUCAAGACAACUAAUGCUGUUAGCCCUCUUUUAUGGGAUGACUUUCCCCUUGUCAGUUUAGAUAUGUGGGAGCAUGCUUAUUAUUUGGAUUACAAGAACGACAAAGCGAAAUAUGCUAAUACAUUCAUGAGCCACCUUGUGUCUUGGAAUGCUGCUGCAGCACGCAUGGCUCGUGCACAGGCUUUCGUGAAUUUAGGUGAACCCAAAAUUCCUGUUGCUUGAAAUGCUUCAGUAAAUUUGUCUCUCUAUCUCUGCAUAUAGAGGCGUUCCAAAUGGGGAUGUUUUGAGAUUUCCUCUCCAAGAGUUUACGUCGAACCUAUGGAAGAGGACAAAACAUUGAAUUGUUCUUGCUGGACUGUAUCUACCAACGGCGGUUGAUCUAAAUGUCUACUUGGUCGCAAAACUUAUGCUACUGAUCUUAGCAACAAUGUGGGUAUGAGCUAGAAGAUCUCAGAAUCCUUGUUGUACAUCUUCCCUGAACUGUUGAGAUAGUUUCGUUAGUUUUAGGGCAAACCCAUCAAUUUGUUGACUCUCUUUAAAUUACUGUCACUUCCUGCUUGUCAGUGAUUUUAUUUUUUGUUCUGUGGCUUGGAAUUUUUAAUUCAAUUUAUUUUUCCGUUUUUGGGA